AUGGCAGAUGGAAAGAAACAGAAAACAACUCGACACCUUGUUGCGGGAUUUGCAGGGGGGUUAACUUCCGCUGUAGCAUUACAACCGUUGGAUUUGAUUAAAACAAGAGUUCAGCAGAGUAAGGACAGUUCAUUGACAAAUGUUUUAAACAAUAUUUCAUCAUUAAAACAACUAUGGAGAGGCACUCUGCCGAGUGCUAUACGUACAUCUGUUGGAAGUGGGCUAUACUUAUCAACUUUACAUUUAGCCAGAAGUAAUAUCUCAAAGUUGAGAGGUGAAAAAUCACCAAUCUUUAACGUUUCAUCAAAGUUACCAAAACUCACGGCAUAUGAGAAUAUAAUCACAGGAAUGGUAUCUAGAUCAGUUGUCGGGUUGCUCACUAUGCCGAUAACAGUAGUUAAAAUCCGAUUUGAAUCGAAUAUUUAUCAAUACAGGAGUAUUAAAGAGGCACUCAUCGACAUUUUUCAAACUCAAGGGAUCAACGGUUUUUUCAGAGGUUUUGGUGCAACAUGUUUAAGAGAUGCACCAUAUGCAGGCUUAUAUAUAUCAUCUUACGAACAACUGAAAUCAGUGUUACCAAAGAUUCUAAACUUGAAUGAAGCUGCUGACGGUAGGAAUACCAAAGAACUUGAUCAUUUAUCAUCGGGAAUUAUUAACUCCACAAGUGCUGUCAUUGCCGCUAUUUCAGCAACGGUAAUAACCGCACCAUUUGAUACCAUCAAAACAAGAAUGCAACUAUCUCCGCAAGUUUAUAAAACAUUCACUCAAACAACAAUUAAACUUUACAAAGAAAGUUUCUUCCACUUCUUUAAUGGAUUGUCAUUGAGGUUGCUGAGGAAAGCAGGAAGCGCAGCUAUUGCAUGGUGUAUAUAUGAAGAGUUGGUGAAAUUGUAA